AUGAGCUCUUUUCCUAUUGCUAUGGAGUAUGUAACUGAAAACAACACUAUUGGAGACCAGCCUGACACCAGAAAACUUACUACCAGUUUGACUUUAAACAAUGUUGCCUCAGGCCAAGAAAGUAAAUUUCCAAUAGCUUUUGCCUUACUCCUCCCCUCCGUGAGUGAACAAAAAAAUUUUGUUCACUCACGGAGGGGUUAAUUUUUUUUUUUAAAAAUUUAUAUAUAAAAAACUCCUAAUUUGCAAAAAUUGGGAAGUAAAUAUUAAUUUAAUUUAUAAAAUUUAUUUUAAAACGCAAUUUGUUUAAAAUUGAAUUAUUUAUAUAUCAAUUUUUUUUUCAUAAAAAAUUUUUUCUAUUAAAAACAUUUUUGUUCACUCACGGAGGGUGGGGUUUUAGGGCAAAAAAUAGGAAUUUUUUCCAAUGGUUUUGUUUCACUCACGGAGGGGGGGAGCUAGUAGAUCACUUAAAUCAAGUUAUCAAGACUGAUAAUAUAAGCCAAGCUCAGCUGCAAGUUGUAAGCCCUUCUUCAGCUCUUAUUUCUGGCUUAACAAUAGUUUAUGCUGUGCAGGGAGUAUUCAAUUUCUCUGGCUACACAAUCACUGCAGAACCGGGGUCUUCAUCUCAAAUAAGAGUUUACACUUCAGCAAUCCUGGAAACAAGUGACAGCAUUGAGCACCCCUCGAGCUUCUACAUUGAUAUCAAGCUUAGGCUCUGCCAACUUGGAGAAGCCACUGUCAAUGGGACUUGCUAUGGUUGUAAGAAGCCUUACUACAGUUUGAAUCCGAAAAACGCUGCAUGCUUACCAUGUCCUUCAUCAGCCAUUUGUUACGACAAUUAUACAAUAGUUCCAAAGAAAGGAUAUUGAAGAAAUAGCAUGAUGACAAGCAUAUUCUGAAAUUGCCCAUACUCAAAAGCUUGUCUGGGUUCUCCAGAUAUUCACAAUUUAUCUUAUACAGGAGUUUGCAAGGAGGGCUAUAAAGGGAAUAUGUGCCAGUCUUGUAAACAUAAUUACUCAAGACUAUAUAAGAAUGAAUGCAUAAAAUGCCCUGGGAUUGUUAGCAAUGUCUUUAGACUGCUUGGCUUUCUUGUUUUUAUUAUUACCAUUCUAGUUAUAAUGAUAAAAACUGCAAGAAAUUCUGUGUACAGGUCAGAAGCUUUUACUUCAGUCUAUAUUAGGAUAUUCUGAAAUUUCUUGCAGGUGCUGGUAAUAAUAACGACUUUCAAUUUAAACUGACCCAAUGAAGUAAUUGAGCUUUUUCAUAUAAAUGAUAUUCUUGAUUAUACUGGACAGCUAUUAUACUCUUUAGAAUGCUUUUUACAACUCUCAGUAUCUCGAGAUGAUGUGUACUUUAAAAGAAUUGUCAUCUCCUCUGCAAUGCCCUUUUGUCUCGGAAUUUUCUGUUUUGCUGGCUUAUUUUUUUGAAAGAUCAGGACUAAGAGAUUCCAUUAUAUAAUGGACGAUUUUAUAUCGACUGCUGUGGUCAUGCUAUUCUUAAUCCAUCCGAGCUUGAUGUAUGACCUGUUUAGCAUUUAUAGCUGUAAAGAAAUCAAUCCAGGGGAAUUUUGGCUUAACGCGGAACUCGAUAUAAGAUGCUGAACUCCAGAGCAUUCUUUCUAUGCUUUUAUCAUAGCAAUGCCAGCUAUAAUUAUAUGAGGAAUCGCAGUGCCUGCCUUAUGCCUUACUAAUUUAGCUAGAAACGGAGAUAGGCUUGACGAAGUGUGAAUAAAGUUGCGCUAUGGAUUUCUUUUCAAUGGCUAUAAAUCAAAAUAUUAUUACUAACUCCCCCCCUUUAAAUUGGAACAAAAAAUUUUGUUCCAAUUUAAAGGGCGGUUAAGAAAAUAUUUUAUAAAAAAAAAUUUAUAGAGCUUUCCCUUAAAUAGCCCGAUAACGGGAUGAAAGCCAGCCCGUUAUCGGGCUAUUCAAGGGAAAGCCCUAUAUAUAAAAAUUUAAAAAAGCAAUUUCAAAAUUUAGCGAAUUAGAUUAAUAAAUUUGUUUAAUAAAAUGCUAUUUUCUUUUAUCCUUAAAAAAAACAGCAAGAUAUAACUAAAUUUUUAUUAUUCAUUAUGCGCCACUAUUAAUUAGUAUCAAAACUAUUUACACAAAAAUUAUUAUUUUUAUUGAUAAAAACAAUUAAAAAAACUUUUUAGAAAUUUAUCGAUUAAAGUGCUAAUUUUGUUUAAAUAAGAUGCUAUUUAUACUCUAUUCUUUAACAUAAAGCAAGAAAUAAGUAAAUUUUGAAUUUUUGAAAGAAUUCGCAUUAAAUUUAUAUCAAAAUUAUUUAAAUAAAAAAUAUAUUUCUUAUUUAAAAAAAAUAAAAUGUUUUAAAAACAAAAAAUUUAAAUUAUUUUAAAAAUCUAACAAUUAAGGAUAAUAAAUUUAUUCAAAUAAGAUGUUCUUUAUACUCUCUUUUUAAACAAGAGCAACAUAUAACUAAAUUUUUAAUUUUGGUUAAGAAAAAACAUUUAACUUAAAUCAAACUUUUUACAUAAAAAUUACUAUAAAUUUUUUUAUUAUAAAAUUAAAUUUCGUUCCAAUUUAAAGGGGGGAUAAUUUACCAAAAAAUGGAAAUUUUACCUAUAUUUUGUUCCAAUUUAAAGGGGGGGGUGAGAGUUUGUAAUUGCGUAUUCAAAAAUGAUUUUAAUAGCUUUUUCUAUUUUUUUAUCAAAUGUGUCAAUAGCUGUCCAAGCUAUUGCUGCUGUCAUCCUAUUAUACGUAUUUCUACAUACCCAGCGCAGAAACACGCCAUUUAUUUUGCAAAUUUUUAAUAGAAUGGAAUUUGUAUCAAAAUUUAUCUCACUACUUACUGCAUUUUCAGGUCUUUUCUUUCUAACAGGAGCUUUAAAUUACGCUGGCAAAUUUUUCCUUCUUGUAGUUGUACUGCUAUCAAAUAUAGCAUUUGCUCUCUGAUGCCUUUAUAAGUCCACUCUUGAAGCUUUUAAAAUUAUAAAAAUUUUAAUUCUAGCUCUCAAACGAGGCAGAGUAGAGAUAGGAAUUGAUGAAAAUUAUGAGUCAAAUGUAGACUCCUGCAAUGCAGAAAAUUCAAAAAUUCAAGAUCAAAGCUAUAAUCUCGUGCCAAAUCAAACCAGAAUAGGUACUAAUACUGAAAACUUAGAAAAACCUUUAAAUGAUCAGGAUAGCUUAUGUUGCGAAAAAGAUCCAUUUCCUUCAGAAGUAGGCAGUAUGUAA